UGAACGCACACCGCACCACGCCACACAUCACCGCGCUCCCGCUGCAACCGGACCUUUCGUGGCCGGCGAGCCGCCAAUGGCGCAGUGACACGGCGGACGGGGCGCCGGUGCGCGGCCCGGCGUACGGCGGCGACACGCGCGGGCCUGUGCUGGCCACGCGGCCCGCGACUAAACAAGGAUUUUCUCCUAGCUAUUGCGACUCCGACCUGGACUCCAGAGCUAGCGAAAAAGGCAGCGGGAAUCCAACGGACCCUCGAGCCGUCGCGCGACCGCAAGUACGCGAGCCGCGCCACGCGUGAAUCGUGCCUCCGGCCGCCCUCGCACGGCGCCUAUUUAUAGGGUCCACGAGCCAGUGUGGAGCAGCAGCCAGUAGCUCUCUGCACUCAGCGCCCAGGAGUGCAAGUGCAACCAAGACACACAGCCGCUCUGCACCCAGUCGCCAGCCACUUUGCUACUUCAGGCCAGAGAGGGAAAAGCUGAUUUAUUUCUUGAGAGACACAUUUCACCGUUGUGGAGCACAUCGCCACAUCUGACGGACUGACUGACACGCCCUGCCCCCAUUCGCCUUUCCAUGUGACAGCUGCUGAUCGGUUUCCCUAUAAGUAGGGGCGAGCUGCCGCUUCUCCUUGUGCUCUCAUCCCUCCUCUCACGCACAGUCCUCCGUCCGAGCACGUAUAUACCCUGAACGAGCGAACGAUCGGUUGAUCGACCUCUCGGGCAAGCAUCCACUGUGUAUGGAGGAGGGCGCGGCCGCGAGCAUGACCGUGGGGGAGAAGCGGGUGGCCGUCGACGUUCCUGCAGGCGCUGCCGCGGCGGCGAACGGACACGGCCCAGAGGAGAAGGCGGCGGAGGAUGUUCCGGCGCCGUCUGCAUUGUCCGGCUGGCCCAGGACGACAGGGAUGUAUCUCUUCGUCAUGAACAUCAGGAGUGUCUUCAAGCUCGAUGAGCUCGGGUCGGAGGUGCUGCGCAUUGCGGUGCCGGCGUCGCUUGCUCUGGCCGCCGAUCCCCUCGCCUCCUUGGUGGACACAGCAUUCAUCGGACGUCUAGGUUCGGUGGAGAUAGCAGCUGUUGGUGUUUCUAUUGCCAUAUUUAACCAAGUCUCGAAAGUCUGUAUCUACCCGCUCGUUAGCGUAACAACAUCAUUCGUCGCUGAAGAAGAUGCCAUCAUUAGCAAAUACAUAGAAGAAAAUAACAGCAAAGACCUUGAGAAAGCCGCUCAUGUGCAUUCAGAUGCCUGCAAUGUGCCCGCAUCUGGUGGUGAUACUCCAGUGUGCGCUAAUUCUUGUAUACCCACAGAGUGUGCUGAUCCCUCCAAUCAAGGGUGCAAGAGAAGGUACAUACCUUCUGUGACAUCGGCUCUAAUCGUUGGCUCAUUUCUCGGGCUAGUCCAGGCCGUGUUCCUCAUCUUUUCGGCGAAAGUUGUGUUGGGCAUCAUGGGUGUGAAACAUGACUCACCAAUGCUAGAACCCGCGGUUCGAUACCUAACGAUCAGAUCACUUGGCGCUCCCGCUGUUCUCCUGUCUUUGGCAAUGCAGGGUGUUUUCCGAGGCUUCAAAGAUACAAAGACACCGUUGUAUGCUACCGUGGUUGGAGAUGCAACAAAUAUCAUCCUAGACCCAAUUUUGAUGUUUGUUUGCCACAUGGGUGUCACUGGUGCAGCAGUUGCUCAUGUCAUUUCCCAGUACCUGAUAACCAUGAUCUUAAUAUGUCGGCUCGUCCAGCAAGUUGAUGUUAUCCCACCGAGCCUUAAAUCCCUGAAAUUUGGGCGGUUUCUUGGGUGUGGAUUCCUGCUGCUCGCGAGGGUGGUAGCAGUGACUUUCUGCGUCACUCUGGCGUCGUCGCUGGCUGCCCGCGACGGACCAACCAUCAUGGCGGCCUUCCAGAUCUGCUGCCAGCUCUGGCUCGCGACGUCACUUCUCGCCGAUGGAUUGGCCGUUGCUGGACAGGCAGUGCUCGCAAGCGCGUUCGCCAAGAACGAUCACAAGAAGGUGAUUGCCGCGACCUCUCGUGUUCUGCAGCUGAGCAUCGUUCUGGGGAUGGGUCUCACGGUGGUGCUCGGUCUCUUCAUGAAGUUCGGCGCCGGCGUUUUCACAAAGGACGCCACUGUGAUCGACGUCAUCCACAAAGGCAUCCCGUUCGUCGCCGGCACGCAGACGAUAAACGCCCUGGCGUUCGUGUUCGACGGCAUCAACUUCGGAGCACAAGACUACACCUACUCUGCAUACUCCAUGGUUGGGGUGGCGUCCAUAUCCAUACCGUGCCUGGUGUACCUCUCUGCGCACAAGGGAUUCAUCGGCAUAUGGGUCGCAUUGACCAUCUACAUGAGCCUCAGGACCGUAGCCAGCACCUGGAGGAUGGGGGCAGCGAGAGGACCAUGGGCUUUCCUCCGGAAGUGAUGGAUCGGCUCGCAAGAUUGAUGGCGGUUUGUCUACAGUGCAUAGCUGGUAGAUAGCCAUACACAUAUGCUCGUUCCAUGUAAUUAGAAUAAGUGUAGUAUUGUGUUGCUGUUCUAAGCUUGGGGUAUUGGAGUUAGAUGGGGCUUUAUUGCUUUGCUUCGCGGCCGUCUGCCUUUUGUUGGGGGAGAGAGAGGCUACUCUGAUCUUGUGAUCCAUGUCCUUGUUCUGUGCCGGAGAUGGCGAUUUAAUUGGACCAGUGCUCUGUAAAAAUCAUACUACAUUGAUACGUUGGUCUAUCCCUAGUUAUGUCAUUUUCCCUCUCUUAA